AUUGUUGAUGAAUAUAAAAAAACUUUAAACAAAGAUGAUAAAAGAAAAUUUACUUCAAGAGCUAAAACAAAUUAUGUUAAAGAUUUAAUAAAAGAUUCUUAUACAAAAAGUAAAGAUGGAAAAACUUUAUUAGAUGUUCUCUAUUAUAACAGGGUUUUAGGAAAAGAUAAAAAAUUUUUAUUAACUAGAUAUACUAUUAAAAAAAUUGAAGAAGCAAAAACAUUAACAAAUAAUAUUAAUAAUUAUAUUUGG